UGUUGUUGGUUUCACGGCCAGAUUGAGCUCUUCCCGUUGCGUUCUCACACCGUAAAGGUGUUCUGUGGCUGACAUGAAGGUUAUCGUGUGUUUCAACGCGGUUAAGGUGAUAGUUCCGUGCGGUAAUGGCCAGUUGGCGGUCUCUGAACUCAUCGAACGCGCGAUAACAAGAUACAGGAAGGCCGCGGCGAAGGGAACUGAAGAUUGGCUGCAAGUUAAGUGGUUGCAGACUGAAGAUGAUGGAGCUAUUCUUGAUCCAGAUGAUUUGGUGUGUGACGUUGCGGAUGAUAAAGACAAGCUUAUUGCCAUGUAUGAAGAAGACAGUCCUCUUCUACCUGAGCAGCUACUUGCGGGCCACUUGAAAACACCCAGCAUUUCUUCACUUGGCACUGACAGUGCAGCACCAGACAAUGUCAGCGUGCAUAGACAAAAUGAUCUACAAACUAUAGGCAAUCAGUCAAUUGAAGCAACACGAGAUGAACAAACAAAUGUGUUUACUGAUGAGCCACGAGAGAACAGUGCACCUCUCACUCCUCCCGGUGUCAGUCUAACUCGAAGAAUUGGAGCUCGACAGUCAACAAUGCAGCCAAGCAACAUGCUAGUGGACAAAUGGAACGGCGAAUUGGACAUGGCUAUAAUGGAAGAGACACAACAUCAUGAGAGCAAUAGAGAAAGGGCAGCAACACAUGUUGAAGUGUCUAAUGAGACAUUUCCAGACAGCAACGAUGGCACUACCAGCACUCACACUAUCGAGAUUCGAAGACUCAUUGACGACUUUGGCAUCAAAGUGAGCGGCUACGCAUCGUCCGACGGCAGCGAUCUCGGCCUGUUUGUGUGUCAACUGGAUGAGACACAACACGAGAUGCUUGGCAGCGAGCACAUACAAGUUGCUGAUCGGAUAUUGAUUGUUAAUGGGAGGAAUGUAUCGGAGAUGUCGAAUACUAGGGCUUUGCUGACAUUUCAAGAAGCUUCGAGGUACAGCCAAAUGAAGGUGAUAGUCUCACGUACGGCAGCAACGAGAGCAGUUAAGAGGAAUUCGUUACAAGUUGACCAACUCUCUAUACAAACUCCAACCUCUCACCACCCAGUCAUGGAGCCGUCUCUCACAAACACUCGAGAACUCGGCAAACUCAUGACAAUCGAAUUUGAGAAAGGUCCUCGUGGCCUCGGAUUCAGCAUUACAUCACGUGACAUCAACACUGGCAAUCCCAACCAAAGGCCAAUUUAUGUGAAGAGCAUUAUUCCCGGUGGUGCCGCGUUUAGAGAUGGAAGGUUGGUGAUUGGUGAUCGUCUGUUGGAGGUGAACGGGGUGAAGAUGACCGGGAAGUCGCAGAACGAUGCGGUGAAGACGUUACGGUCGGCGAAUGGAAUGGUGAAGUUGUUGGUGUCGAGACAAGAUUCGACGAUGGAGGUGAGCAAGAGUAAUGGUGAUGAGCUAAAUCCUACUGUUGAAUUGAAGCAAGCUAAUGGAAAGCAGACUAUCCAUCUUCGUCUCUCACUAAGUGACACUGGUAGCGCUGGUCUUGGCAUCAGCGUCAAGGGAAAAACCAGCACACACUCGUCAGCCCACAACCGAACAGACAACUCAGUUGACAUGGGAAUCUUCGUCAAAACCGUGAUGCAAGGAGGUGCAGCAUACAAAGACGGUCGUCUUCUUCCUAACGACCAAAUCAUUGCAAUAAACGGAGACAAACUGGACAACAAAUCGAAUGCGAGCGCAAUGGAGUGUCUACGUGCUGCCAUGCAGUCUGACCCUCCGAGAGACGUCAUUGAUUUGGUGAUUCGUCGUCGAACGGAUUCUAAGAACACGGUGCUGCGUCCUCUAGGUGUGAGACGAUACUCAACUGGAGACGGAUCAGAGAGCGCGAUCGACGUCGGCUGUGACACUGACCACGAAUCAGAUGCCAGUCCGAAUACCGUGAUGUCUAGACUGAGGAGGAAGAGUUUACCGUCGCCAGCACGGCCGCUGAGUGCCGGUAAACUGAAAUUUAUCGGCGACAAGUCGCCACCGAAUCGGUCGAGUAUGGUGCUCAUGCAUGAACGAAGCUACAGUGAUGAUGUCACUACGUUUGAGGUCGAUGGUCAACAGCGAGGUCAACACAUUGUGGGAGAGAUUCGUAAGGAGCACGGCGUCUCACUCGCUCAUUCGAUGUUGAAAUCACUCGUUUCGCCGGAGAAAUCUCCACGUGCAAACAAGAGAGUGCCACUGCAGUCACAAUCCGGUGACAACGCGAGCGUUUAUCUCUCACCAGGAGAAUUAUUGAUAUCAACAAAAGAUCAGUUAGCAUCUCAACGGGACGCUUUGUCUCCUAGUUGCAUUGAACUAGAAGUAGGGAGUACAACUGGGCAGCGAUUACCGUCCAGUAGCAGCAAAACAUCGUUAGACGGCGAGCACAAGUCGGCGUUUGUGCCACCAAUCAAACACGAGAGAGAAAACCAAGAACCAAUAGGCAAAACGAGCUUCACGACCGCAUCAUCGACCGCAUCGUCGCCGAGAAUUCAUGUAAAGCAAUCGCCGUCUCGUGUCAGUCAGAGUUCGUCUGUAGCGUCGUCGUCACCGAGUAGGAAACGAAACGGAAGUACAAACGCGUCAUCAUCAGUCGACAACGUCGUGGAACCGUCCGCAAAGAGGCAACCGUUACAUGAAACUCAAGAGACAGUCAAUAGCGAAGAGAAGGAGCUGUCACUGGAUUUGACGCACGACAGUCCGUUUCAACGAGACGCUGUUGGGCGACUGUCGAUGUCAGAGAGGAGGAAGACAGCGUUGGAUCCAAGCAGUUCUAAAGUCUAUCAAGAAAGGCAACAGAAACUGGCAGUUCGGAGUUCGGGUCGAAGUAAUCGAAGUCACAGCAGUUCUGGACGGAGCUCUGGCCGCAGCAGUGGGCGUGGCUCAGGUCGUUUACAACAGUUGAAGGGUACACAGUUAAAGGCAUAUCGUAUGGCCAGUACAGACUCGGGUAGAAGUACAGAGUCAGCGGAAGGACCCGUUCUCAGGUCAACAUCUGAUGAGGCGGUUAAUGCAGAGAGAAGACAGAGAUCAGUAGAUGGAGAAAUAGAAUCUCAAACAUUGCCUCGACCUCGUCACGGUAGUCACACAACUGUGUUAUCUGAAAAUGAUGCAGACACGUCUGACAAUAGACUAAAAAAACGAGAUUGUAAUCUCAGCUUUAGGAAGGCAGUUGAUCACUCAUUUGAGAAUUCGAAGUUACAGGCGGUCAGGAAAUCACCCGAAUUGACUACACACAAUGAUAUAGGAGCUCCAACAGAAGGUUAUCCAUCAUCUCCAUUAAAACAACAAGUGAUUGGUGGACGUGUAGCUGAGCUACCGGAAGAAGUGAGAACAGUCAAGUCGCUGCCUCAAACACCUCAACGACAUGCUCCUCCCGCUCGUCCUAUAAUACCCGGAUCACCUCACAUGGAGACUCCAGCAAGAUGGAAAAAGAAAAAGAAACUGCUUGGUGGACUCGCAUCUGUUUUCAAAUUUGGUCGAAGCUCCAAGCAUCGUGAUAAACACCGUGGCAACCAUCUUCGCGACCUCUCUCCAGCCCAAUCUCUUCCUGAAGAAUCUCUAGGCCGUUUUCGUCGUCGCUCCGGAUCAUUCGAGUCACCAGAAUCACCUCAAUCAGACAUCGUCGGCGAUCACCAACACCCCAGAGAUCAUCCACUCAAACGAUCAGCCACCAGCGAAUACAACCUGAAAAGUCGAGCGUUUGAUUCAGACGAAGAGAUUGAAGACACAACCGAGAAGACAGAGAGAAAAUCAGCAACAUUACCAUCCGGACAAAGGCCUCCUUAUCGACACAGUUUCGCCGUAUUGCGCGACAUCGACGAUCCCGAUGUGACCGAGUCGGAGACCGUGCAAGUGUAGCUUUUAUGUGAGAAUUUUAAAUGCAAUAUAACAGUCUAGGACGCCAUGGAACAAAUGGCUGAGUAACCGUUCUAUCUGGGUGUUGUAUGUAUGGUGUAUGGGUUCAGUGUGAAUAGAUGCAAUACACAUAACAAAUUAUUAGGAAUAUAUAAACACGGAUUUUUUCUUAUUAUUGUAA